GGAGGAGAAGAGCAGAGGUAGAGGCGCAGCUGCAAAUCUGAGCAACACGACAAAAAGGAAGAAAGAAAACUUUCUUUGAUUCGGUUUUCCGAGGAAAAGCUUCGGGAGUUUUGGGCGUUCGGACGACGCGCUGCGGUUGUGGUUCCAGCACCUCGGACAGCGCCUUUUGUGGUUCAAACACCUGAGAAAAUAUGAAGAAAGAGAGAAGAUCAGUGAGCACCUCGCAGUUUUUCUUUAUGGCCAUGUGUAGCAUGCUGUGCUGCAGGACACUUUCAGCUCUCCCGGCCAUCAACACGUACUCUGCCAUCAGGUCAGGCAGUCUGAGCAGUGAUGGAGAGCCCUCUCAGGACCUGGAGGUGUAUAAACUUCUGUAUGAAAUUGCAAACACAGUGGAAAGACCUCCGAGACACGCGGAUGGACUUUUCACCAGCGGAUACAGCAAGCUCCUCGGACAACUUUCAGCCAAAGAAUAUCUUGAAUCCUUACUCGCAAAGCGUGUCAGUGAUGAGCUGAGCGCAGACGACCUACGGAUGAAACGCCACUCGGAUGCGGUGUUUACAGACAACUACAGCCGAUAUCGCAAGCAGAUGGCGGCCAAAAAGUACCUGAACUCGGUCUUAGCAGGAAAGAGAAGCCCAGAAGAUGCCUUAAUGCUGUCUAACCAGUCCAAAAGCACCGACUCGUCUUUACCUCAGAGCUACGAGAACGACUUCGAUCAGCUCUUCCAGCAGCUCCAGCUAGAAUGACUGCUUUCCUCUGGGUCUUAACUUAAACCUGUGUACGCAAGAAGGUCUGACUGACUCACCACUAAUCCACUAACACUGGUGUUUGCUGAUUUAACACUGCUUUCACUUCAUUCUCUCCAUUCUCUGUAUCACGGCUCCUUUGGAAAUCUGAAGAAAGAGCUAUAACAGCUUUAAUAUCCUCCAGUGUGAUGAAACAUCACGUUUUUGGGGUUCGGUAUUUUCAGCAUUUGUGCACCACAUCGUCCAUAAAACUGAGACGCAAUCUCUGUUGCUGCUUUCUUUCUUUCUUUCUUUCUUUCUUU